GCCGCCGGCGCGUGAACUGAGGCGAGGGAGGACGAGCGCGGAGCGCCGCCCGCCGCCGGGAAGGAGGAGCCGGCGAGGAGGGCAGUGACAGUCAGCGAGCGCGGCGGAGGAGGCGGAGGAUGGAGCCCGAGCGAGGCGCCGCGCUGCCGCCGGAGGCCCCGGAGACGGCGCAGGCGGUGCUGGUGCUGCGCGGGCUGCGGGCGCUGCGCGCCGAGCGGGCGCUGCUGGACGUGACGCUGGUGGCGGAGGGCGAGGCGGAGUUCGGGGCGCACCGCGCGGUGCUGGCGGCGGCCUCGGGCUACUUCCGCGCCAUGUUCGGCGGCGGGCUCCGCGAGGCGCGCGCGGCGCGCGUCCGGCUGCACGGGGUGGAGGCCGAGUGCCUGGCGCGCCUGCUCGACUUCGCCUACAGCGGCCGCCUGGCCGCCCCCGACGGGCCCGAGGGCGCCGCGCGGCUGCUGCGCGCCGCCGACCUGCUGCAGUUCGGCGCGGUGAAGGAGGCCUGCGGGGCCUGGCUGGCGGCGCGGCUGGAGCCGGCGGCCGCCCUGGAGCUGCAGGACUUCGGCGAGGCCUUCGCCUGCGCGCCGCUGGCCGCCGCCGCGCGCCGCUGCGUCCUGCGCCACGCCGCCGCCGCCGAGGAGGGCUCGGAGCUGGGCGCGCAGCUGGCGCGGGUGCCGCUGGCCCGCCUGCUCUCCUACCUGCGCGACGACGCGCUGCGCGUGCCCAAGGAGGAGGCCGCCUUCGCCCUGGCCCUGCGCUGGGUGCGCGCCGACGCCGGGCCGCGCGGCGCGCUCCUGCCCCAGCUGCUGGCCCACGUGCGCCUGCCCUUCGUGCGCCGCUUCGCGCUGCUGGCCCAGGUGGAGGGCGAGGCGCUGGUGGCGCGCUCGGCCGCCUGCCGGCGCCUGGUGGCCGAGGCGCGCCUCUUCCAGGACGGCCGCCUGGACCGGCACGAGCGCGCGCCCUGCGCCCGCCUCCGCCCGCGCCCCUCCACCGGCCUGGCCGAGAUCCUGCUGGUGCUGGGCGGCUGCGACCGCGACUGCGACGAGCUGGCCACCCUCGACGGCUUCGACCCGCGCACCGGCCACUGGCGCUACCUGGCCGAGUUCCCCGAGCACCUGGGCGGGGGCUACGGCGCCGCCGCCCUGGGCAACGACCUCUACGUCACCGGAGGCUCUGACGGCUCCCGGCUCUACGACUCCGUCUGGAGGUACAACUCCAGCGUGAACGAGUGGACGGAGGUGUCCCCCAUGCUGAAAGCCCGGGAGUACCACAGCUCGGCGGUCCUGGACGGACUCCUCUACGUCGUCGCCUCGGACAGCACCGAGCGCUACGACCACACGCUGGACUCCUGGGAGGCCCUGCAGCCCAUGCUCUACCCCAUGGACAACUGCUCCACCGCCAGCUGCCGCGGCAAGCUCUACGCCACCGGCUCCCUGGCCGGCAAGGAGUCCAUGGUGAUCCAGUGCUACGACCCCGAGACGGACCUCUGGUCCCUGGUGAACUGUGGGCCGCUGCCCUCCUGGUCCUUCACGCCCAAGACGGUGGCGCUCAGCGGGCUGAUGUACUUCGUGAGAGAUGAUUCUGCUGAGGUGGAUGUCUAUAACCCAGUGAAGAAUGAAUGGGACAAAAUCCCUCCGAUGUUGCAGGUGCACGUCGGGGGGAGUCUGGCGGUCCUGGGGGGAAAGCUCUACGUCUCGGGGGGCUACGACAGCACCUUCGAACUUUCCGGGAUGGUGGAGUCCUACGACCCCGAGGCGCGCCUGUGGAGUGUGGCCGGCCAGCUGCCCGAGCCCAUUUUCUGGCACAGCACCGUCAGCAUCUUCCGCCAGUUCAUGCCGGAGAUGUCCGAGGAGGAGGAGGAGGCGGAGGAAGAGGAGAGGCUCCCCUUGGAUAACGCAACCAACCUGAACCGGCCAUGCCAGGAUCGGAAUCGCUACACCCGAUAUCUGAGCGUGUUCCACUGACGGCGGGACAGCUUGCCUCCGUGGCGUGGCGUGGGCCUGCUGCCCGGAACCGGCAUCACUUCUAGGGGAGGCAAGCUGGCAAAUUGGACCCCGAAGCAGGCCGGAGGAGUCCGAGGGGAGGGCCGAGCAGGGAGUCCUUUGGGGCCGGCCUCCCUGUGGCUGGGGAGGAGCAGUGUGGCCAGAGGAUUCCUGAAACGUGGACUCGGCUCUGCCCUUUGACCCUGGGAGGGAGCUGGAAUCGUUGGGUCAGGCGGAAAGGUUUGGAGCUUGUAGUUUAGAGAGAAGAACCUAGGCAAAAAUCCCGCGAUAGAAGUCCGUAGCGUGCAUGGCGUGGCUAGAGCAGAGAGUGAAAUGUUUUUCUCCUCCCCGAACACUAGGACUUGGGGGACACCCCAUGAAAGGCAGAACAGGCCAAACAUGGAAUUAAUGUAUGGAACUCCUUGCCACAAGAUGUACCAGGAUGAUGGCCGCCCGCUGGGAUGGCUUUAAAGGAGGACGAGAGACACUUGUGGAGGAGAAGACUGUCAUCAACAAAGUGGACCCCCCCACGGGCAGAGAGGGUUGCUAGCAGGGCAAAGCCACCCAGGGGAGACGGUCGUCACCUGCCUGCCUGCCUUCCGAGCUUUCCAUGGGGCCCUCUGAGUGUCCCUUUGGGGAGCAGGAUGCGGCUGGACUGGGUGCCCCCCACUUGCUCUGAUCCUGCAGGGGGCCCUUCUUAAGGACCCCACGGCCCCCCGUCCUGCACUUGACACUGCGUGGCCUUUGCAACGGAAGCCUCUGCCCGCCCCCCAGCAAAGAGCAAGCUCUUGGGGCACUGUUGGACCCCAUGGGCUGCGUGGGCAGCAGGCUGCCUCUUGGGUCUCUCGAAGGCCGGAAAGGGAGAUGGUUUGGGCUGCUCUUCUCACCCAGAGUCCGUGUGCCUUGUAGGAGGGAAGCCCCUCGUGCUUGGGGGAGGAGUGGGGGGGGGAGGCUUCUGCUCGCCCACUCCAGUGCCCCCCCUUCUCCCUCCCAGAGGGUGUCGAUUGCCUACCAGACCUUCUGGGGGGGGAGGAGCACUUUCCUCUGGUGUGUUCUGGUCAGGCUGGAGUCUCCCUGUCGCCAGGGCUGGCCCUGCGUCCUCCUCUUCUGCGCUGGGGAAGGGAGUUCUCCAGAUGCCUUUCCUUUCUGAGAACAGACAUCAGGCGCAGGUGACGAGGAGGAGGACCGAGGAAGGGGCUGCUGGCUCUUCCCUUUUUGAGCCUCUUGCUAGCCGGCGUUUGAUAAGAUAACCGGAGGAGCUGAACUCUGGGCAAAGGCUAAGCAGAUCGUUGCAGUUAACACUUGGAGGCGCCUAGGGAAGCCCAACUGGCAGCAACGGCCUGUCCAGACCGUGCUCAGCGAGGGGCGGCCCCUUCCUGUUGGAGGGGAGAGGCUCACGUUGGAGCCAGGGGGCCCUUCGAGAACCCUGCCUCCCCAUUCCCCUCUAACCAGAGCCCGCCUCGGGGUCUCCUGCUCGUCCUUUGCAGGGUCUGAGGCUUGUGCUCCUUCAGCCUCCGAGUGACCGCGGCCCUCUUUAGCAGUCAGAGCGAGCGGCUGGGCCGUCUCCCUGCGACACCAGCUCCUCCGUCCCCUCCUGCUUGCUGCUGGAAGGGAAGGCUUGGAGGGCUCCUUCCGGCUCCCUGCGCGGACUCGAGGCUCUCGCCUUUGUCCCCUGAACCGCAGUGACCAGCUUUUUGCAGCCGGAGCCCCGUUUUGGUGGGGGGGGGUCACACUUUGGGAGCUUGCUUUGAGGUCCUCCCUGCCAGUGCCUUACUGGGACGCAGCUCGGGAGAAGGCCGGGGGGGGGGGGCGCCUGGAGGCCGAGUGCUCACCCCAGGGGGGCGGUGUGUGUGUGACAUUGGGUGGCUCUGUGUGUGUGUCCUUGAGGGCAGCCUUGAGGCGGCGGCUGCUUCGCCAGGCACAGGGGAGUGUGGCUAUUUCUGGGGUUUUUUUCUGGCUGGCUGGCCGGCCAGCUGAGCAAGGGCUUGCGGCCUAUUUAUAGGUGUCCUUCCCACCCAUCGCAGUCGGUAACAGGCCUGUGGGGUGGGCGAGUGCCUUGUGCGGGACCUGCUGGACUGGCCACACAGCACCCAUGCUUGGGGGCAGGCGGGAGGUGCAUCUCCUUGUGUGACGGACUCGGGGGCGGCACAAGCCUGGCCCUCCAGCCCUUGUUGGACUACAACUCCCCUCGCCCCAUGCAUGGUGGGAGCGUGCCCACCCCUGCUCAGGCCCCCCCCCCCCCCCGGCUGCAUUUCCCCUCCACCUCUGGGUGGGUGCAAAGUGCAGGGCGGUCCUCUCCUCUUGCUCUCUCCGCCUAGUGUGGGAGCUGUGCGGAGGAGUGGCUGGCCCCGGACACCCCCCCCCCCCCGAAACCGAAACCCCAACUCCAGCUGGGGCUGGGCUGCAAAAGGCUGGGCAGGGGUGGGAGUUGCCGCCCAGUGAGGCCUUACCCCCCGCCGUCCAAGGAAAGGUCACGUUGCCAGAGGAUUGGUUUCCCACGCUGCGCUGUUUACAGACACCGACUGCUGCUGCUGCUGCCGCCUCCAUCUUCUUGAGUGUCCCUUAAUCCGUAAAGUUGAGUAUUUUGUGCCAGGCUGUUUUAAAGCCUCUUAAUAGCCAGCUCUGUAGCCUCUCGGGAGCGCUAGAGCCGGACGAAUAGCUGUGUAUUUAUUUGACUUGAAUGUAGAUAACUGUGUUUGGCCUUAAGUCCUGUAUGAGAACAUCCUUUGAAGCAAAGGGGUUGCCGAUAUAUAUUUUGUAAUUCCCUCCUCCCUGCCCCUCUUAAACUUGAAACCCUAAAGUUAAAUAAAGGUGUGUGUUAAAUAUUA